ACUUUCAUAUAUGGGCAGUGGGCCAAGCAAACCAAAGACAAGUGGAGCUCCAAAUAAAUCUAACAACAGUGGAGGGGAGACUUUAGCAGACACACAGAAAACCUCGAAGGUUCCUCCAGCAGACGAGAAAAUGUCAAAGGUUCCUUCAGCAGCGGAGAAAAACCCACAAGUUCCUCCAGCAGAAGAAAAAAUCCCCCAUAGUACAGAUGAGAAAACCAGUACAAAGGCACCAGUAGCAGUCACUUCCUCAACAGCUACUCCUAUUGAACCGAAGUUAAACCAAAAGCCAGAGCCAAGCACAAACACUUCAGAGAAGCUCACUGAGAGCCAGGCAGAAGUUCCUGUAGAAGAAAAGCUUAUUGAUGAAGGACCAAAGGAGCAACUGAAGUUUGAUUGUGCUCUCAAGUCUGCGUGUUUGCUGAUGAAGCCUGAGAGCGUGUAUAAACAUGUGACCAGGAAUGUGACCAAGUUGCACCUCCCCAGGGCCCUGCCUCGACACUUUGACCUCAUGACCUUGCUCAACAAGUUUGAGAAUCUUAAGGACCUUGACCUGUCCUUCAACCAAAUGGGUCCCCAGUGUUUGCGAGCCCUGUGUUUGGCCAUGUGUUACAAUACCUCCAUUCUCAGUCUGAAUCUGGCCGAUAACAAAUCAGACACAGACACUGCAGAGUGUAUUGGUAAGCUGUUGACGGAGAACAAGACAUUACAGUACCUAGAUGUGUCCAGUAACUAUCUGGGGAAGGACUUCUUCUCAAGAAAAGUUGGGCCUGCCUUAAAAGCAAACAACGCUCUCAAAACGUUAAGGUGCGAGAGUAUAGGAAUGACAGACUGUCGACUGCUGAUAGAAGGAUUGCUGGAGAAUUCCAGUAUUACUGACUUUGAUAUGAGCAGGAAUGAUGUCUCAGAUAAGGCUGGCUUUGGAAAGGCAAUGGCGCAAUGCUUGCUUAAGACUGAUUGCUGCCUGUCAAGUGUUUGUCUGAGUCGAUGUGAGCUGACUGGAACAACAAUCUCUGAGUUACAGAAAGGACUAUAUGGCAAUACUUCACUGUGUGAGCUCAACCUCACAGGAGCACAGAUGGACAGUUUGGGUCAGUUGGCAGGCUUUGUUAUCAUGGCAGCUUCCCAUCCAUGCCUGACCAAUCUAAGUCUGGACAGUGUCCGCUGCAAGUCUUCAUCCCUUACUGGUGAUUUUACAUCAUGUGCUUCCCCAUCCAAGCUUCAAGUAUUGAGCCUGAAUGACUCCAACCUUAUGGAUGGUUUUCUUACCUCCUUGGAGAAGAGUUGCAGAGGGAAACUACUCAACCUGGUGGAGAUUGACUUGACAUCCAACAAGGAUCUUACAACAGACUGUUUGGACUGUGUGGCUAGCAUUACCUCAGAUGGAGACACCCCUAGCAACCUUAGAAAGCUUUGUUAUGGCCUGAAUGAAGGAGAUGGACUAUCACCUAAAGUAAAGUUGUUCCCAAAUCUUCAUUACCUGAACAUUAGACUCUGUCCAAUACUACACGAGGAAGUGGCUGAAAUAGGCCAGUAUAUCUCAGGAGCGAGUUCCAGUAUCACAACUGUUGUUCUAGAUGGCUUGAAACUGUCUUCUGUUGAUGUCAUCAAACAUGUUGUUGCAAAUCCAAAGACAAACAAGUUGCAAACCUUAAGUAUAGGUGGCUGCUCUCUAGAUGACUCUGACCUGAUCCCCCUCUGUGACGCAUUCAGGAAUGGCCUACCACUGAGCAUGCUCAAACUGUCAGCCAAUCGGAUUACAGAUGCAGGGGUCACAACCUUGGUGGAGGCCAUUUUGAAAUGCAAGUCACAGACACUGGGUGUCUUAGAUCUAUCAAAUAAUAGGCUAGGAGAUGAUGGAGCUAAGACCCUAGCAAAGCUAUUCACUUCCAAGUCCAAAUUACACAGUCUCAACAUCAGUGCAAACAACAUUGGCAAGAUUGGGCUGAUGUCAGUGUGUGGGUUGGUGGCAGGCAAGUCUCCUCUCACAACUCUACACAUCUACAACCAGACUGAAAAGCUGGAUGAGGGCCCCAUCAACGAAAUAUACUCACAGCUGGCUAAGAGUUUAGGUUACAAGGUGCAGUUUGAGUUUGACAAGGUGAAGGUUGGCUGUUGUGAUUUUCCUGCCAACCUUCCUGAUGGACUUCUAGUCAACCUGACAGACAUGGGAGGACAUACUGGAUGUGUUGGCCAGGCCAUGGAUAGCCGAUGUAUACAGACAGAUUUUAUACAGGACCGCUUGCCCUACCUCGACUUCAAUAACAUUAUGAAGAUUUCCUGCUUUCUCAAAGGCCAUAGCAGUGGUGAGUGUGUAUGGUCUGAGACUGAGUGGAAGAUGAUCACCGGUGCAGACAGACCCACUACUGAUGCUCCAUCAUGGCUACAGGUUCCCAAUAUGCGUGAUCGGUGUUUGUAUAUCAGUAACUUGCCGGGGACUGCCACCCUACAGAAGUUUGAGGCCAUGUUGGAGAUGGACGCUGACUGCAAUGUGGAGGAAACCAACCUUAUGAAGGACCCAGUGACUCGAAAUAUCAAUGGUGUGGGCUGGACAGUGAUGGGUGACCAGGGGUCAGUUCAGAAGGCCAUGGACUACUUUAACAGUGGAGAGGCAAAGAUUUUUGGGCAGGCCAUAAUGUUAUCAGAGGUCAAGGUCAAGGUGGACAAUGAAGCCAGUGCUGAACUGGAAAAACUGGCGCAGGCUGACAGAGAGAAGCGUCAAAAGUUACGAGACAAGGAGGAAUCUGAGCAUCGAACACUGAUCAUCAACACAACUGAAGCCUCGUGGAAACGUCACGCGUACCGACUGGCACACCCAGCAUACGCUGACGGAAGAAUCUGGUGAAUAGCAUGUUCCAUUGGACGGGCCGUGCUUCAGAGGAAUGAAAAUAUGCUUGAAGUUAUUACCUCCCCUUGUCAGACACAGCUCUUGUCUAUUUCAGUAUGUUUAAGGUAUUCCAUACUUUAUUCAGAUUCCUGGUAACCCACAUAAACUUGGCCACAUUUGGAAGUCAUUUGUGAACAGAAUAAAAAUGUAUUUAAUAUGUGAUUACAAUAAAAAAAAACAAGUGCACAAGUAUGUACCCUGAUUGACUGAAUAUAGAAUGUUUUUCUAGCCAUGUAUUUGAUAUUUUCAUAACCUUGACGAUUGUAAAUGAAACAGACAUGAUAGUGAGUGAUCAAAAUCUAACCUUUCAGCCAAUGGAAAUAUGGAAAACAUUCCAUUAAUGAUGGAUGAAAUGCCUUAAAGUAUACCAUGUACAAUUAAAUGAAUUGUGGUUUUCUGGUGACCAUUGAUAUUAAAAACAAGCUUAUUUGUUAUUGAAAUAUGAAAAACAGGCCAUUUCAAGUCAGAGUUUUGUUAAAAUAAAUAACCAAAAUACUAACUGCCAUAAGUUUAUCUGUAGUGUAUUUUUAGUACUUUAGGUAACAUAUAAGUUUUCAGCAGGCUGUACAGUUUUAGAUUAUACCGGAAGUAUAUUUGGUCACCAGGAAUCCAACUAGAGCAUUAUUGUCAAUGGCUGGAUUAGAUGACAAACUCAUCUUACAUCUGAUACCUCAAUGUGUUAUUUAGGUGAUUCUUUUAUGAUAAUGUUGACAACUUAAUUUGUAAGACAAUUUUAUUUGUCACGAUUUGUGGUCAACCUGUAAACAUAAAUCUAUUUAAUUUGUAAGCAGUACAUUCCGCUUCAAAUAACGACAUUACUUAUGUAGAUGUAUACUGUAUGAAAGAUGCAUGGUAUGCAUUAUAACAAAUUCGUAACACUAUCAUAUUGUCAAUGAUCGUACAUGACAGUGUUGAAUAGAGUUCUCAAAUUGAAAGACAAGAGUACUUUCUUUACAUGUGACUGUGAUAAAAUUGAAACCAAAGUAUUAUGCUAGUAUUAUACUUAACAAGUUGAUGAUUAUUAUUGACAUUGUGUGUGUUGUUGUUAAUUCUGCAUUUGCUUUUUCCAUUUAUUUAAUUAUUUAGUGCGUCCAUCUUAAAUACUCAAUUUGUAUUUCUACUAGUGUCUUGACACUGAAGUGCCUUUGAUCAUUUGUGACAUUAAUAUGACAGUUAUCUGUUUAUUUAUGAAAAUGAAAUAUUAAUGAAGCAUAUUUUUAAGGUAUCGUAUGACAUUGAUUUAAUUAGCAACUGAGAAUUUGUAGGUAUUCGGCCGUAAAAUGACACUUAAACUUGUGCUAAUAGUUUAUACGAAGUGGUAAUGGUAACUUGUGAGGUCCAGUGCUAUUUCAUUCAUUCCUCAUCUAGUUGUUUUGAUCGCUUUUUACUGUGACAGAACUUGUCCUUUCUGGACUUCUAUUUCAUAAACACCAACCAUACAAGUG